CUCAAGCGAAGUCCACCUCGGCCGUCCCUUGGCGAGAACUGCUACCUGUUGCGCCCUGCGCAGAGAUACACAAUCAUAAUACUCUUCGCAUACUCAUGUGAACCGACUAAAAUUGGGCCUUCUAUGCUUGUUUACUGAAAAUGCUGCUUCCUUGCGGCUGUGGCACAUUUAUGAUAUAAUGCACGAAUAAAUUGCGUUCAGGAUCAGUUCUACUCCCGCAAUGGUCAGCGGAAGGCUGUGAAACUCCUAGUGAAACUCCUUCAAGUCUUUGACAUCUGCGCUCAGGGACACUAUGAGUUACGGCGCUCACAUAGUUCUUUUGGCUCUUUUGAGUGUCGGGUGGCGCGGACACUCUCAGGCGCGGACACUCUCGGUAUUCAAUCCGACUCAGUUCGUCGCAGCGCUGAGGGAUGAGACCAUUCUCCAGAUGCUCGUAGAGGCACCGCUGCUGGCCCUGACGGAGGAUGUGUUUCAGGGUGUGAGCACGCCCAUACGGCUCAACCGCACCGUCAGUGUGGUGGGCAGUCCUGCCCUGCCCGAGCCGCCCUUGAUCCUGCUGUUCGCUUAUCAAAAAAUCAUGCUGGAACCGGGGAGCACCUUCGCUUUGGUCAACGUGGCAAUCCAAUACUUUGUCACUGAUAGUCCUGCACGGGCGCCGAACUUCUACAUGUUCGCCCCUUCCAAGGCGCCAACCCUUGGACCAAACAGCACCCGCAUUCUAAUGCAGGGCUCCAUGCUUAUACUCGCUGUUGGCCUGCCUUUCGAGCUGCGCAAGCAGAAUGUUCUAUCGGCGAAGCGACCAGUGUGGGAGCCCCCUGAUCAACAAGACAUUGAGUGGAUGCUCCCGGAUCCGCCUGGCAAACCGUGCGUUAAUGACUCUGCUGCCCCACUGCUGGAUCGCUGCUGGUUCCCGGGCAGAGACUUGUACAAAGACGUUGCCUUCGCUGGGGGCGAUGUUUCGGCCACUGACAGCACGGUCGUUCCCAACAAUGUCACAAUCCACUUCAUAAACAGCACACUGGUGUGCCAACAGCUGUUGUCGGAGGAGUGCAUCACAUCGCUUGGGCCGUACGGCUGCCUGGUCUACACAUACCGCCAACUGCGCGGCUCUCCGCCGGUGCCCAUUUCCGCGCAAAUGGCCGCGAUAUUGGCACAGCAACAGCAGCAGCAGCCGUCGGUGCCGCCAGGCUUCCAGACGCCCUCCCCAGGGCCAGCCGGGUUGCUAGAUAACGGCAGCUCAGACGCAGGAGGCGGCAGUACGGCGGUGCUGGUGGGCGCCAUCGUGGGAGGGGUCCUGGGAGCCGCGGCGCUGGUGGGUGCGGUCGGGGCCAUCCUGUGGUAUGUCAGGCGGCGGAGCAACGGGGCAACCCAAUCAUCUCGGCAGCUGAAUGACAACAAAGGCCAACCAAAGUCCGCUGGUGGCCAUGCCAACAGCAGCGAACCAAGUGCAAGCCUGCAGGAGCAGGUGGCGCAUCACAGUGGUGUAAAAGAGCGAGCUCGACAGGGGAACUGUGCCGAACAUGUGGUUACAGUAUCACUGGCCACGCAAGGGUUCGUGGGCAACCCCGAGACAGGUGUGACACGUGGCUCAGCUGAGACAACGUGCCUUGGUCACGAGGCAUCCGGGCUGCAGGCGCACCCAUCAGACUUCAGCGGCCGGCAGCUGAAUGACCUGGUCGUUCGGGCCGCGCCCUAUCGCGAGGGUCUGCUGACGACGAACGUGACGUUAGUGCCAUCUAGCAGCUCUGCCGCGCGGGCAGCUGGCGAGGGUGCGUCCUCAACCACCUCCGGGCCUACAGCGGUGCCACUGUCCAUGUCCUUAGAGAGCAGGCCCGGCAGUGGGGUUCGUUCUGUCGGCGUUGCAGGCGGCGUGGUUCCGCGCACAGGCUCAGGGGGCAACGUGCCGGCGGCAGUGGUUAGCGGGGCGAGCACAACAGCCGCAGCAGCCACAGAGAGUCACGGGACAUCACGGGGGACACCAGGCACAGUGCAGUCUGCUGCGUACUGUGGCGGCAGCAGCGGAGCACCAGCGUCCGCCGGUGAUGAUACUUCCACUGCCGUGCCGACGGGGGGGUUCGCGUCAAGGGUUGCAACGCUGCUGCUUGAACGCAGCAGCGAUGCCCUCGGGCUCCAUUUCCUUGCGCAAGGCUUUAGAACGUCUACUCCAGCAGGCAAGGACGCAGCAGCGGGGGCCGCGCAAGGCGCCGCUGCUAUGCCAGUAGAUGCAGAAGCGAUGGCGGGCAUGCGGGCCGCGGGCACUCCAGCCGCUGCCGUGUCUCUCCUGCCCCUGCCUGAAGCAUGUGAGGAGCAGAACGUCCAAGUGGAGGUGGUGGAGCUGCUGCCUAUUAAGCUGGGCAAGGGCAGCUUCGGCCGCGUGCAGGAGGGCCGGUACCGGGGGCAGCGGGUGGCUGUGAAGCAGGCGCUGGACCUACACGACGGGCUGUCGGUGCCCACGGGGAAACUGGUGGCGUCGUUCCUGCAGGAGGUGGAGGUCAUGGGCAGGUGCGAUCACCCAAACAUCUGCAAGCUGCUGGCGGCGUGCCUGGCCCCUCCCAAGCUGUGCCUGGUGAUGGAAUUGAUGGACACAAGCCUGGAGUCCCUCAUUAAAGGCCAGAUGCCAGGGCAACUGUUGCCGCUGCCCAAACUGCUGCACAUCGCCAUCCAGGUGGCGCAAGGGCUGGAGUAUCUGCACCCGACUGUACUCCACCGCGACCUGAAACCUGCCAAUGUGCUCAUUAGCGACCCGGAGUCGGACACUCCCAUCGUCAAGCUCGCGGAUUUCGGGCUGUCCAAGAUCGCGGAGAUGACCCUGCAGACGGCCAAUCCGGAGGCAGGCACACCGGCGUACAUGGCACCAGAGUGCUUUGACGUCAACAACUUCAAACUUACGCACAAGAUGGAUAUUUAUGCCUUCGGCGUGCUUUUGUGGGUGAUGCUCACUGGGGAGGAGCCGUGGAAGGACGUCACACUGGUGUCCGUGGCUUACAGCGUGCACUGCGGACUGCGGCUCCCCAUCAGCCACAUUCCAGAGAGCCGCUGCUCGAGAAAGCUGCGGAAGCUCAUCGCUCAGUGCUGGGAACCAACACCUCGCCGGCGCCCCGCGGCGGCUGAGGUGGUCAAAGAGCUGUUGCUCGUGAGGGAGCACGUCUAGCACGUGACACGGCACCGUCGUCCGUAGAAGCGGCAUGCUAACAUGCGUGACAAUUGUGUGAGAAGCAUGAUUGCUUAAACGGAAUGGAAGAGGCACUGCAUAUUGCAUAGCAGUGGGCAUGGCUGUGGCGAUUCAUACUUCCGGCGCGCAAAUGUACGGCCAUGAUAGAUGCUGAGGUUCUUGCCAUCGUUAAGAUUCAUUUACCAGCUGAACGCACAUAUGGACUCGAUUAUGCAUGGACUCAUAUUAAUGUGACUUGCUGCAAUGCUGGAUCUCGAUACCGCUCGGUAUGUCUUGAUGGGUACGUGCAGUGCAUUGGCUCAACGCCGCACAAAGUGCUUGGUUGCAGAAACCGCGAUGUCACCACCGCGAACCAAAUCUGCCUGCUACUGAUGCUGGCGCUCAUGGGCAUUGGCCGGCCGCCGGCGCUGCGCCGUCCGCCGCCGCCACAGCAGCCGCAGGCGGGUGAUGGAGGGGGGCGCGGUGUAUGGGAGGUGCCAAUUUGUACUUUUACAGGUUCAAUUUGUGGUUUGUGAGCUACCUCUCAAUGCUCGGCACGUGUUUAAGUGCUGUGCAGCAGUCCGCAGUGCCCAGGACUCAGUUAAGAGUGUUGCGUAAUGAUUGGGGAUCACGCUUGGCUGGGACCCAUGUGCGUACCGAAGCGUUUGGGAAAGUCCGACGCCAAUCAGGAUCAGGAUGGUUUCUGUUCGGGCUGAAAACGGUUCCCAUCGGAAUGUCCCUUUUCGGCUUGUCGUAUUUGCCCGCGUGGUGAUGGCGGCAUUGGUGGACGGUGGCGUACGAGGCCAUGUCAAACACAGAGCCAUGCAUACUAUGAGGCGGGGAUGGCCAUCCGCGCAGGCUCUGCGUAAUAGUGUGGCUUGUGGGGUCGGUUGCAGUUGGUUGUUAGUCGGUUUUCGGUCGAGGUGUGUUUGGUCAAGCGUAUCGAUCGCAAUUUGGCGGCAGGGCAAAAUCAGCCGGAGCGAGAAGGCGGCCCUGGGCCCAGCAGUGGCGUGCAUAGUGUACGUAGAGGAGGGGCAGGCCACGUGGAGGAGGAGAGCAUGGCGCCGCCCGAGAAGCCAAGCGGGCGCGCAGGUUGAGGCCCGGCCGGUGCCUGGUUAGCAGCUUUUGCUGGCGAGCGUAGCAUGGCACGUGUGGGGUAGGCUUUAUUGCUGUUGCUGCCUGAUGUAAUUGUGCUUGAUAGCGGGAUGCGCCUGGACGCAUGGCGGGCCGUGCCUGUACAAAUCGACCCCGGCUAUGUCCAUGAGGUGAGGCAGACGCUUGCAGCCUCGGAUGGAAGACAUGCGGUAGCGAGGGAAAACCACUAUCUCGUCGGCCGAAGGACCUAGACGUUGGUGACUGCCUGCUCCUGCUCCUACCUGAUCAUCUGGGAUGCCCGCCGCCCUCGCCUUGAGCGGUGGUUUGGUACUCGGGCGCUGGUGAGGUGUCCUUGUGUUGAUGUAUUUCUCUUUGGCAUUUGUAUGGCGCUUAGUUAGAUGGAGGGGUCCGCCGACCUAGGGCCUGCGGUGCCUUGUUUUACGUCCGUGCGAUACGCGUUUGGGCAGCGCCGCUCUGCGUAGUGGGGCUGCGGCAGGGGUGGGCUGCGGCGAUCGGUGGCCUGGCUUAGACUCAUGGCGAAGUGUUCGAGACACGCUUCACGUGUGGACUACAUUAAUGCAUGGAUGAGA